CAAUUAUGUUCAAUUAACCCGGAGAGCGUCCGUCCUAGCCCGCGCAUAGGCUUGAGACUAUGGAGGUAGGUUUGAGAGUAAGGAGCUAAAUUGAGCAAGCAGAGGUGCAUUAAACGUGCGGAGCUGUAUUGAGCGUGCGGAGCUACAAUACGCUUACCGAGUUACUAACUGGGCACACAGUACUGUAUUGAAAGUACGAAUAGAGUCCUCAUUUCUCAUUGAAAGAUGAACAAUAUAGAGAGGUGUACACUGAGUUAGGAAAUGGAUGAGCUAAAACUCAGCACAAAGAGCUUACAUGAUUAUUUAUACUGUUCACUCUUCACUGUUACUAUGAAUCACUCUGUUAGAACUCCCUGUUAACACUGAUUCAGAAAGUAAACUAUCUGGAAAAGUGAUCUCUUAAUUUGAAAUCGCUCUUCAAAUCGAAUUCAACUCACUUAAAAGAGUGCCUACACUCAUAUCUAUUGAAUAACUGCUUGAAAAGAGCCUCUUUUCUCAACAGAAUUUCUCUGAUGUGUGUGACACAUAUGGUUCAUAUCAUCAGUUCUUUUACACACAACUGCUCCUAAACGAUCUUCCCCAGACGGGGUGGCUUAGUUGUACACCGCCAAAGUACACUGAGCCAAAGACUACGUACCUUAGAAAGAAAGAAGCCACUUGUCUGACCUAGUCGGCAGCCAGCCUUUAUUGUGCUGCUAUCCCACACCCUGAAACCACCGCCCAUUGGAUAUCAAUUUAUCAGAAGAAAAAAGGUUCACACAGCCCGGAGACCGGAGACCAAGCAAAAGCAAAAAAUCGCAAACCUUGCGUGCAAAACGAGCAACAAACCCCCCUUAUCUUUUGGCACCGGCAAGCUAAUCGUCUUAAGCUAAUGCAGAUUCGCGAAAAAUUCGACGGCUGCACCGGCCUGCUUGAACAGAGGGGGAAUUCGCAGGUCCGCUCAGUUUUGCAAUGGCCAUCAGCAUCAGCAGAACGCUACUGCUCCGGUCGCAUCGCCCGAGCAAGCUGCUGACCGUACUGUGCAGCUCCAGCAAGCGCUACUCCACGAUGGCGGGUCCGGAAUCGACCGACCUCAACCCCGUGGUCGAGCUGCCCGGGCUGGGGAAGCUGAAAGGCUCAACGACACGUGGCGCCUGGACGGGCGUAAACAUCCUGCAGUUCCUGAACGUCCGCUACGCCGAACCGGCCACCGGUGAGCGACGGUUCAAACCGCCCGUCCCGGUACAGCCCUGGGACGGGGUGAUGGAUGUGUCCGAGCCGAAGCUCGGCUCGCCGGUGUACAAGCGCAUGAAGCUGCUGACGGAGGAGCAGCGCGCCCAAAACCUGGAGGACUGUAUCAAUCUCAGCGUGUUUACGAAAGAUUUGCGCGGCCGCAAACCGGUCAUAGUGUACGUGCACGGCGGCGGGUUUUACGACGGUGCGAUCUUUCACUACCCACCGAACUACAUCAUGGAGAAGGACGUGGUGCUGGUGGUGCCACAGUAUCGGCUCGGUGCGCUUGGGUUUCUGUGCUCCAACACGAAGCAAAUCCCGGGCAAUGCGGGCGUGAUGGAUGUGGUGCUAGCGUUCGAGUGGGUGCAGAAGUACAUCAGCCAUUUCGGCGGUGACCCAGGGCAGGUGACGGCCAUGGCACAGUCGUCCGGGGCGGCGGUGGUUUCCAGCAUGACGUACAGCCCGCUGGUCAAUACGGAGCGGCUGUUUCAGCGGCUCAUCCUGCAGUCGGGCAACUGCCACGGGUCGUGGGUGUGGGACCGUAGCCCGGAGCGGAACUGCCGCGACAUUGCCGGCUUUGCCGGGUUCGAUCGGAAGGCACCGCUCGACCAGGUGGAGCGCUUCCUGAUGGAGCUGGACAUUUUCAGCCUGAUGAAAGCGUUCACCCAACAUUAUCGCCUUCGCACCCCGAACGGUACCGACACGAUCGGGGGCGCUCGUAUGGUGUUCAACGACCCGAACGGGCUGUUCCCGGAAAACCCGUACUUCAUCAUGCGCAAGGGCGGGGGGCGCAAGAACAUGCCGCUGCUGACCGGCGUCACCCGGCACGACGGCACGUUCGCGUUUCUGGAGGUGUUCAACAUACUGCUGUUCAAGAAGCUGAUCGGCGACCCGCACAUCACGAUCCACCGGAUGGUGGACGAGGUCAACCAGGUGCUCGGUGUGGACGAUCCGUCCUGCACGGUACGCACGCUCACGAUGGCGCAGUUCUUCACGCACGAGCAGCUUGCGUCGGGCGAUUUGCGCCAGCUGCUGGCCGGGUUUUGUGAUCACACGGCGGACGUACUGAUCAAGGGUCCGGUGUUGAAGAUGGCCCAAAACAAUGCGAUGUACCUGCCGGACCAGACGUACCUGUACUCGUUCGACUAUGCCGGAGAGCAUACGCGCUUCGGGUACGGCGGCGACACGUCGGCCAUCCCGUUCGAUGGCGGCGUACAUCACUCGAACGAUCUGAUGUACCUGUUCCCCUACCCGCCGAACGCCGCCCAGCUGAACGAGCGGGACACGGCGGUGGCGAAGCGCAUGGUCGACCUGUGGACGUCCUUUGCCAUCAGCGGCAAGCCGGAAGCGAACGAUGUACCCGCCUGGCCACCGCUGAAUAACGUUCUCGGACCGUAUCUCAAGAUUAACGAGCAGUUUACGAUCGGGCAGGACUUUAGGGAGGAGUUUACCGUCGCGAUCAAGAGCCCGGCCGAGAUUCAGAAAAAGAAACCCCACCCAAAACCAGCGCAAUAG